UCAAAACGUUGCCGUCUCCCCCGGUUCCGACUGAUAUAUUAUUUUCGCGCGCUCGAUUGAAUCGGCGGACGCGUGGUUUAACCUACCUUAAGUUUUUACACACUCUCUGUUUAUUAUUUAUAUAUAUAUAUAUCUAUACAUUAUAUAUUUUAACAGUACGUGCGCGCUUUUCCAAAAAAUAAACCUCGAAUGGCAAUUAUUAAGAAUUUUAUCAACUAAACAAACUGCCCAAUUAAAGUACAGUAGAUAUUCAACGACACCACCGAACUAUCAGCGAGCCAAAGCCACACAAAACAACCGCCCAAAAUCAGAAGCUAAUUUAUAUACACAAAUAUAUAUUGAUAUAUAUAUAUAUCCGAAAUGGAUCUGAAACAUAGCGCCAGCGGCGCCGUCGAGAGCGCCGAUUCAUAUAUAGCCAGCAGCAAGUCAACAGACAUGAUCACGCCCAAGGAUAAGGAGAGCAAGGAAAACAACAAAUCGGCCAAUGCGCCAGCCGAAGGUUACAAAGUCUAUGCACGUCGCUGGGCGGUGCUCAUACUCUUUGUAUUCUAUUCAGCCUCGAAUGCCAUGCAAUGGAUACAAUACACCAUCAUCAACAAUAUAAUAACGCGCUACUAUGGCAUCAGUGACAAGUGGGUCGACUGGACGUCCAUGAUUUAUAUGAUAUUGUAUAUACCGCUCAUAUUUCCGGGCAGCUGGUUCCUGGACAAAGUGGGUCUGCGCAUAACGGCACUCGUUGGCAUUGUGGGCACCUGCAUAGGCGCCUGGAUAAAGGUCUUUUCGGUGGAUCCGUCGCUCUUCUAUGUCAGCUUCAUCGGACAGUCAAUUGUGGCGCUCGCCCAGGUGUGCAUAUUGUCGCUGCCCGCGCGCUUGGCUGCCGUUUGGUUCGGACCCGAUCAGGUGUCAUCCGCCACCAGUGUUGGCGUCUUUGGGAAUCAGCUAGGCGUGGCCGUUGGCUUUGUGCUGCCGCCGAUGCUGGUGCCGAACUCCGAGGAUAUUAACCAGGUGGGCAGCGAUCUGCAGUUGAUGUUCUACCUGGUGGCCGGCCUGACCAGCAUACUGCUCGUCCUGAUGGCCAUAUUCUUCCAGGAUAGGCCGCCGACGCCGCCAUCGGCGGCACAGGAGGCGUCACAGCGCCUGGAGGGCAUGGUCGAGGAGCAGGUCAGCUUCUUCCAGUCGCUGAAGAAUCUGAUGACCAAUCGGAAUUUCAUCUUCUUGCUUCUCUCCUAUGGCAUCAAUGUGGGCGUCUUCUAUGCCAUCUCAACGCUGCUCAAUCCGGUGGUGCUCAAGUAUUAUCCGGGUCAUGAGGUCGACACGGGCCGCAUUGGUCUGAGCAUUGUCCUGGCUGGCAUGCUGGGCUCCGUUGUCUCCGGCAUAGUCCUGGACAAGACGCACAAAUUCAAGGAGACAACGCUGGCGGUCUAUGCCCUCUCCAUGGUGGGCAUGUGGAUAUUCACGUUCACGCUGGACACGGGACACAUUGCGGUUGUCUAUUUGACAGCCUCGCUGCUGGGCUUCUUUAUGACUGGCUAUUUGCCGGUGGGCUUUGAAUUUGGCGCCGAGCUAACGUUUCCCGAGCCGGAGGGCACCUCGUCCGGCCUGCUGAAUGCGUCGGCGCAAACGUUCGGCAUUUGCUUUACGCUCUUCUACUCGGAGCUCUUCUACUCGUACGGGGAUGUGCCCGCCAACGUGGCCAUGGCCCUAAUGCUGAUCGUCGGCACGGCCAUCACGGCGGCCACCAGAUCCGAUCUGAGGCGACAGAAUGCCCAGGUGGCGCCCAGCGCUGCAGCUGUCAAUCCGUAAAUUUAAAAAAAAAAAGAAGAAAUAAAUACGAAAGGAAUAAGAAAAUACACACAUACACGCGCACACCUACACACACACACGCACAGAGUGCACCUGGGUCGCGUUUAAGAAUUUUGGAUAGUUGUAUUUUUAAUGCAUAUCGUUUUUAAAUUGUUUUUUUAUUUAUUGCAUUUGUUUGUUAUACUUAUGUUUCCUGUUGUAGCUUUAAGUGAACUAUGUGUUGGAUUGUUUAUUAAAAAUUGCACACACACAUAUAUAUAUACAUAUAUAUUUAGCUUAGGCAAUUAUUUUUUCAAUUUUAUAUAUUGGACAAAUAAAUUUUUAGCGUAAGUUGUAUAUUUGAAUAGUUGCAAUUCCAAAAGACUUGUCGAGUAAAAUUUUAGCUUUAUCUUUGUUCUUUUGCGACAACAACAACAACAACAACAAGCAUAAAAUUAUAUCCUAUUCCUAAAACAUAUUCCUAAAAUAUAAACAAACACACACUUGUUACAAAUAUGUACGUUAAAGUAGUUGAAAAUUGUUUAAGCCCCAUAUUGCAGGCAUAUUCCAUAAUCCUACAGUAUUAUAGCCAAUCAUAUAUAUAUAUAUAUAUAUAUAUAUAUAUAAUAUGUGUAUGUUUAUAUAGCCAAUGUUAAAAACUCAAUGCGCAUUCUAUUUUAUUUUUCCAAUCUUAGCCAGUUCCAUGCGCAUUAUUAGCCCAAUUUUAUGAAUGUCUAUGAAAUUAUGAAAUUAUUCAAAUGCAAAACAUUUCCAGCAAACAGUUAAUACAGUCAAACUGCCCUAUGAUAAACUGGCAAAUAAACUAGACACAAGAAUCUAAUUGAUAAUUAGAAAAAAUGCAAAAUAUUGUUGAAAUCUUUUUCACUUACACAACAUAUUUAGGGGAAACACAAAUAUAUAUGCAUAUAUGUGCUCCUGGCAGCAAAGGAAAACAGAUUUCAAUUCGGUACGAUCCCUGGUAAAAACAGAUUGGAAAUCUAGUUAAGAGCUUGCACUUAAACCCAAGCUGUCAUCUGCUAUAUACUUGAGGGAUAAGUUAGCUGAGCUUCAGAGUUAUAGGUACGACUGUGAGAAAGCUUUAUAUAGAGAGAUUGAAACAAUAUGUGUCAAAAAAACAUUCGUUAUAGAGAAGUGCGACUGUACUUCCCAUAAUAUAUGUAGGGUAUCAGUCAGCAACUGGGGGAAAACAGUUGGACGCUUUGUGCACGCUUUAUAGAAAGGAUUCCAAACAUAAAUAGUUGAAAAUGUAGUCCAGACUACAAAGAAAAUCUACACCAAAAUUUCACAAAGUUCCGCUGUGUACAUAUUUCUAGAGAAUUUCCGAACUAGCCAACUGUAAGCUAAACCCUAAAAUGUUGUAUUAUGUACAUAUAUAAACAAAGACACCUUUACAAAUACACGCACACACACACACACACACACAUACACUAUGCAAUUGAACACUUGCAAUCAUAUCUGAGAUGUGUUAUCGUUGAUUUUGAAGUAUUUACAAUUUAAAGUCAAAUCUAUAUAAUAUAUACACGAUAUAUAUAAUAUAUGUGUACGUUUAUAAUGCGUAUCAUUGUUGUGACAUAGUUGAAUUAACUAACAUCAAAUGCAAGUAAAUGCAUAUAAAUUAGCACACUUUUAAGCUGCGGUACAUAAAUUGUAUUCACUUUUGUAGAUAGCUUUAUGGCCAAUUGCCAGUAUUAUACUAUAUAUACCUAAAUAUAUCCAAUCGUAUAGCUCACCAAACUAGAGUCAAUUCUCAAACACCAGAGACUACCUGACAUUAAAGCUGUUACUACUUAUAUACAACCUACAAUAACAACAACUACAACAACAACCACCUUAAGAAAAACAAUUUGAACAAAAUUCAGUACACAAAGAAAAGCGGAAAAGUUGCGCGUUUAAGAAUACACAAAACAAAAAAGAAAACAUAUGGUAUGCCUAACGGUAACCACACACACACACACACAUAGUCAAAAGUUAUUUCAUUCAAAAUGAAAAUAUAUAUAAAUAUAUGUAUAUGUGUAUAGUGGAAAAAGUAUUCAAUAAAACUUAACCCGUGUAUAGAGCAAA